UGUGGUGCGUUUAAGGACUGUUGUUCCCCUCGCUGCCUGUACCUCCUGUCAGUGUGUGUGUGUGGACCUGCAGCUGAUCACAAGCGAACAUGGCACCUGGAAAGAAGAACAGAGUGUUUGUCAUCGGUGUGGGUCUGACAAAGUUCGAGAAGCCUGGGGCCCGAGAAAACUUUGACUACCCUGACAUGGCCAAGGAAGCAGGUCAAAUGGCCUUAGCCGAUGCAGGAAUCCCAUAUUCUGCCAUUGAGCAAGCCUGUGUAGGAUACGUCUAUGGGGACUCCACUUGUGGGCAGAGGGCCAUUUAUCACAGCCUGGGCCUGACGGGGAUCCCCAUCCUCAACGUCAACAAUAACUGCUCCACAGGCUCCACUGCUAUCUUCGCGGCACGGCAGGUGAUCCAGGGAGGUCUCGCUGACUGUGUGCUGGCUCUGGGGUUUGAGAAGAUGGAAAGAGGCUCUUUGUCCUCAAAGUUUAUGGACAGGACCAACCCCGUUGACAAGCACCUGGAGAUAAUGAUCAACCGUUAUGGGAUGGUGGCAGCGCCAGUAGCACCACAGAUGUUUGGCAACGCUGGCAGGGAGCACAUGGAGAAAUAUGGCACAAAACCAGAACACUUUGCUAAAAUUGCCUGGAAGAACCACAAGCAUUCCACCAAGAACCCGUAUUCCCAGUUCCAGGAGGAAUACAGUUUAGAGCAGGUGAUAAACUCCAGGAAGGUGUUUGACUACCUCACCCUGCUUCAGUGUUGCCCGACAUCAGAUGGCGCCGGAGCAGCAGUUUUAGCCAGCGAGGCCUUUGUCAGGGAACAUCAUCUGGAGAAGCAGGCAGUGGAGAUCUUGGCCCAAGAGAUGACGACUGACCUCUCCUCCACAUUUGAGGAAAACAGCUGCAUCAAGAUGGUGGGGUACGACAUGUCUCGGAUGGCAGCUGAAAAAUGUUACAAGGCCACGGGUCUGAAGCCCAGUGACGUUGAUGUGGUCGAGCUUCACGACUGCUUCUCAGCCAAUGAGCUCAUCACCUACGAGGCCCUGGGUCUGUGUGCAGAAGGUAAAGCCGGAGAGAUGAUUGACAGAGGGGACAACACGUAUGGUGGCAAGUUUGUGGUCAACCCCAGUGGGGGACUCAUCUCUAAAGGACAUCCUCUGGGUGCCACAGGUCUGGCCCAGUGCGCCGAGCUCUGCUGGCAGCUCCGAGGGCAGGCUGACGAGAGGCAGGUCCCCGGGGCCAAAGUGGCCCUGCAACACAACAUUGGCUUAGGAGGAGCUGUCGUUGUUGCUCUCUACAGGAUGGGCUUCCCACAGGAGGCCGGGACCCACAUUGGUGCGAUGCCCACCAGCGCAGGCAGCGGUCUGGAGGGUUUUAAAUCUUACCCUAUCUUCAAAGAGAUUGAGAAACAUUUACAUGAGGAAGGAGAGCAGCUUGUCAAGAAGGUCGGGGGAGUGUUUGCAUUUAAAGUGAGGGACGGACCUGAUGGGAAGGAGGCGACUUGGGUCGUGGAUGUGAAAAGCGGCAAAGGUUCUGUCACCAAUGACCCAGAUAAAAAGGCCGACUGCUCCUUGUCCAUGUGUGACAAGGAUCUUCCGGAUUUGAUGACAGGAAGGCUGAACCCACAAAGUGCGUUCUUUGAAGGGAAGCUGAAGAUCACUGGAAACAUGGGGAUGGCUCUGAAGCUGCAGAGCCUGCAGAUUAAGCCAGGCCAGGCCAAACUGUGAGAGCUUGUUAACCUCUGAGUAAAAGCUCAAAUGCACAUGAAUUCUUGAUUUCUCCUUCUGAAACUGUAAUUUUGCUGCUAAACAACCUCACAUAACACACUCAUCAUGUGCCUAAAUUGGCUCAAGUGUUCUUUUUGUCAUUUAAGUUCCGACUCCAGCUUCUACUUUGACAUCCUUGCAUACUGCGUCGAGAAUGAAUGAAUGAAUGAAUAACUAAUAUAAUCAUUGUUGCAUCUAGGCCCAUCACCUUUAAAUCUGAUAUGAACAUAUUGACUCUGCAGGAGCUGCUUGUUUAUAUGAAACAUCAUUGACAAUUUAGAAAAUGAUUUUAGCUUCACUGUUUGUCAGAAUGUGCCUCUGCCUUCUGUGUAUAAAAUCGAACCUGUGGUUUAAAGGCAUUUUUGACUCUAUUUUCAUAGAUUUUCUAUAGAAUAUAUAAAUCAAUGAAAUAUGUCUGUAUAUAGAUACUUACAAUUCCUUGAAAAUAACAUCUUCUGGUAUGUUUGUCCCUUUUAAAGUCGGCCUUGUCAAUAAUAUAAAUAAUUAAAUCAAUUUUCACUA